AUCUGCCGGACGAAGUUUGGCGGCUGCAGGACGACGCACCUCGGGACUGUUUGACGCAGACGCGCUCGCUGCCUCCCGGCUGCCGGACAUGGGUCUCCUGUGAGGGCCGGGCUGCGGCAGACGCACGGGCGGCUCGGAGCUGCUGUCCUCUGGUCCUCUGGUCCUCUGGUCCUCUGGUCCUCCUGUCUCUCGCACAGUGGACCCACUUUUGAGAGAGAGCGUGUUUUUUUCUCUUCUAUCUGGGCCUAAGGCCGACUUGUUUAAAGGUCCUUUUUUCUUUUUUUCUUUUUUUGCUUCCGGCAACAGCGAAGAGACCAAGUCUUCCUCCCUCAACCCGCGCUCCCUCUCUCACUUUUUUUUUUUUUUUUUUUUUGGAAGCUGAACUUUUAAAGGAAAAUGGGGCAUUGAGAGUGUUGGCAGAUCUCCCCACGCUAUAAUGGCUACUGACACCUACCUGGUGAACGACGAUCCCACUAGAGGCCCAGGGAUGCCUGAAUGUUUCCUCGUGUCUGACACGUAUAGGGAUGAAUUCCACCCCUUCAUCGAGGCCCUGCUGCCCCAUGUCCGCGCCUUCGCCUACACCUGGUUCAACCUGCAGGCCCGCAAGCGCAAAUACUUCAAGAAGCACGAGAAGCGCAUGUCCAAGGAGGAAGAGCGCGCGGUGAAGGACGAGCUGCUGGGGGAGAAGCCAGAGAUCAAGCAGAAGUGGGCCUCGCGCCUGCUGGCCAAACUCCGCAAGGACAUCCGGCCCGAGUUCCGCGAGGACUUUGUGCUCUCCAUCACGGGGAAAAAGGCCCCCUGCUGCGUGCUGUCCAACCCCGACCAGAAGGGCAAGAUCCGUCGCAUCGACUGCCUGCGCCAGGCCGACAAGGUGUGGCGGCUGGACCUGGUGAUGGUCAUCCUGUUCAAGGGCAGCCCCCUGGAGAGCACGGACGGGGAGCGGCUGGUCAAGUCGCCACAGUGCACCAACCCUGGCCUGUGCGUGCAGCCGCACCACAUCGGAGUGUCCGUCAAGGAGCUGGACCUCUACCUGGCCUACUUCGUCCACACGCCAGAAUCCGGACAAUCAGACAGCUCCAGCCAACAGGGGGACACAGACAUCAAACCACCGCCCAAUGGGCACCUGAGUUUCCAGGACUGCUUCGUCACCUCAGGGGUGUGGAACGUGGCAGAGCUGGUCAGAGUGUCGCAGACACCCGUAGCCACGGCGUCCGGUCCUAACUUCUCAUUGGCUGACCUGGACAGCAGUCCCAGCUACUACAACAUCAACCAGGUGGCUCUGGGGCGACGCUCCCUCACCUCCCCUCCUUCCACCAGGUCUGAGGUGGAGUUGUACGCAAAUCUUCCACGGAGCUCCACCAAGAGGAAGUCAUUAGACGACAGUGAGCUGGAGAGCCCCACAGAUGAUGUGUUCUACCCUGGACGCUCGCCCGCUGCCAGCUCCUCCCAGUCCAGUGCGUGGCCCAACGACAUGGAUGCAGUGCAGCACCAUUUGGCGAGUGUGCAGGAGAGGAAGAUAAAACAUGAAAACGAUGGCGUGCAGUUUCCUUACCAUGGACUGUCCUCGCCUGGUUCACUUAAGAAGCCGGGGAAGUUUGAUUUCAACGCCCUGACUUCCCAGACGAGGUCCCCCCGCAUGGCGUUCACACACCACCCGCUGCCUGUGCUGGCAGGAGUGAGACCAGGGAGUCCCCGUGCCUCAGCCUCAGCCCUGCACUUCCCCUCCUCCUCCAUCAUCCAGCAGUCCAGCCCGUACUUCACCCACCCCACCAUACGCUACCAUCACCACCAGGACCCGCUUAAGGAGUUUGUGCAGUUCGUGUGCACCGACGGCUCAGGGCAGCCCAGCGCACAGCCUAAUGGAGGUGGCCAGAGCAAAAUGCCGGGCUCCUUCCUGCUGCCCCCGCCCCCGGUGGCGCGCCCUGUGCCCCUCCCCAUGCCCGACUCUAAAAUCAUCAGCACGCCCACUGACGGCGGACUCAGCUCACCCGCAUCUCCGUCAUACUCCACGCCAGGCUCCACAGCUCCCAACCGGUUUGUCGGCAUCGGAACACGGGACAACUUUCUGAAUAUCCCCCAGCAGACUCAGUCCUGGUUCCUCUGACAAGGCCUCUCUGAAUCAAGAGCUAAAAUUGUGUCAUGAAAAUUGGAAAUUUGAAACACAAACACAUCACCGCUGAUUAAGAACAGACUGCUGACACUAAAAAGGUCUUUCUCUCUAGCCAACACUAUUCAAAGUACUACUACAAAACUGAAGAAAAAAAAAAAAAAACACACCAACCACCCAAGAGGACUCCCAAUCCAACACAAUUUGAACAGGAACGCCCCCCACCCCCUUUGUGCAGGAGGCUUCAAUGAGAUUGAGUGGACAGACUCAGAAUGCAAGGAAGAGGAGGAACUGUCUCACACACACACACACACACACACACACACACACACACACACACACCACCAAACGUCAGAAAGGAAAACACAAGAUGGCAACCUGACAAAUGACCAAUCAUUCAUUUGUUGUUCCUUUUUUUUUUGUAUACAUUUUUUUUCUUUUCAUUUUGUUGUCUCCACAAUGAAACUCCAUGCAUUGGCUGGGAGAUCCAAAAAACAAAACAAAAACAUAGUGGUAAACGGCCAUGUCGGAUGUGCACGUUGAAAAGAAUCACCACCCAAAUUUGCACCCCCUCCAUAUCUGCACAUUUCCCACCUGACCCCCACCGCCACCGCCACCACCCGGAGCUCGGCGCUGCCCGGGGUCCAGACCGCCAACAGCAGCCACAUACCCGCGUGUCGCCACGAUCUUGACGCUUCGUCUGCUCGGCCCUGAGCCUCUUCUAAUUUUUCCGAUUGGCCAAUCAUGGUGACACCAUCAGAUGGUGUGACACAUAUAUGCACUAAGUGGCUGGUCUUUGUUUACCUGUCUAAAGUAUCAGGGCGUCCUGCUGCGGGAGAAGCGAUAGCCAUGAGGCGAGCGCGAGCGAGUGAACACACGACAGACGGUCAUAACACUAACUCUACAUGUGCUCUUUCGUCCCCCUCACCUAUGCACUAUUAAUUUUUGAUAAGGGAUGAACGGUAUUGCACAUCGAUGGUCAGAUGAGCGAUUAGAGAAGCGGGUCGAGGCUGGCCGCCACAGCGGGGAUGUGGCCGCGCUGACGUUCAGGUCUAGGCCCUGAAACAUGCAGCACGCACACACACACACACACACACACACACACACACACACACGUGCACGCUUGCAGACAGCACAUACAGGCUAUCCACAACAGUCUGUAACACAACGGCUCAUAUUAUCAUCUUAUUAGUCAUUAACUUGGAAUUUAAUUUACAGUAAUGCACACGCAGCAGCCGCUUCAUAUUAACGGCUUUCAUUUUGUUUGUAGGUGUUUUCUUGCGAUUUCUUCUUUUUUUUGCCAGAUUUGGUUUUGGUUUUCGUCUCACUUGGAUUGUUUUAACCUUCUCUUGCAUGUCAUAACACUUUUCUGUAGUUUGCAGUUAUACAUUAAGUAUCGGAAUUCAGCGAAUCAGUAACAGCAGUUUCUCAAAUCUCUCGCGUAUGGACAGCGCAGUAACAACAGCUCAUCACAUGCAGCCCUUGCAUUGCUUCACCUUGUAUCCCAUGACACCCAGUGGACUACACACACACACACACACACAUAUACACCCACACACAAACAGGCAGACGCACGUAUAAAAUGCACAAUAACACCACCAACAACCUGACAUAAAAUAAUAAAGGGAAGCCUUUAUAUUUGGUUCUCCAGACUGCCUUUGUUAAUGGUUUUUCAUUCACUUAACAUUUGUCUUUUUUAAUUUGAGAUAUAUAUAUACUUUUUUUUUUCUACGUCAAUGUUCACAUUGAAAUUUGCGAUCGGUAUCAUUCUCGCCAUGACACAAUUCAACAAAAGCCGACCUCAUAAAAUAACUGGACUGCCUAGCUGUUGGUUCUAUUUUGCAGGGAUAGUAAACAGGGCUGAGACGUCGUUGUCAGCCGCUCUAGUAACAUUAGCUCUAUGUACUAAAACCAUAUAUCAAGACUAUAACUAUAUAUGAAAGUGCCUCUGUAUUCCCUUCAUGCAAUUAGUAAUAAACUUGACUUCAGGUUCUCUUCCCACAUAUAAGCUAAAGCUACGGGGAAUGGUAGCGUUGGUGCUUGUGGAAACCAUUGGCCGAGGAACAGAUCUUUAUAGAGGACUGCAAACCUUUUUUUUUUAUUUGUAAAGACAGAGAGAGAGAGAUCUUAUACAUAUAUAUUUAUGAUAUAUGCUCCUUUUUAACUUUUACUACAUGAGCUGGUUGGCAGUCUAGUUAUUUUCUGAACUCUCACCACCCCCCCUCAGACACAGACACACACACACACACACACACACACACCCCGUUUCAGUAACAUCACCUUACUGUCACCAGUACGAAUCCAACGACACACGCCAUCGCAAUCUGCAGCGCAGCAUCAUAACGACUAGACGAACAUGUCAAAAAAAAACGACAGUAGGUUUGAAGAAAAAAAAAAGUGUUUGUUUUUUGAUGGAAAGUAUUAUUAUUGAAAAAUAUGUGUCGAUUGAGCCACGUGCAAUGCAUUGGGUAGAUCAUUGUGUUUGUCUAUUAGAGAUUUUUAAGAAAGCUAAGAGAAAAGAUGAAAAAAAAUGUAUUUGUUUCAAGUCCGUAAGCUCCGGGACUCUAAACCAGUGGGCCAUGAAAAAUCCUAGUCUUUGUAAGUUGGGGGUAUUUGUUUUUAUUUCCUUUGUCUCUUUUUUAUGUUUUAUGUGUAAUCAAUUGUUUAUAAAAAUGCGGGAGGGCUGAAGGAAAAAAAAAAAUUCUACACAACUUUGGGGAAAAAAAACAAAAAAAAUCUCUA